AGGUAUAAAAAAAUGGUCCAAAAAUUGGUCUAGUCCAUAUUUUACCCUAUGCAGGUAACAAAUAAACUGUAAAACAAAGGAAUCAAAGAAAAUCAAAAAUAUGUGAACUUGCUUAGUGCCAAACAUCAGCGGUAAAGCCAUUCCAAAUCAAACAUAUCUGAUCCAAUUUUUAUUGCUUUCUAUUCCAGGUUUGAUAACCUUCAUGAAAGGACCAGAAAUGUCAUGGAAUUUGACCAGCUCUCAAUUAUUUGUCCCACCUUAGUGGACUACCCCAUCAAAAGAACAACUACUUAUUUGAAAGACUUGUUGUAUGAAAAUGUAUAUAUGGUGGACAAGAAGGGUUAUGACAACUGUAAUGCAACAGGAGGACUCAGUGUUUUAUCCUGUAAUGAUCCAGAGGGACACAUUUACUACAGGGUUGUAUUUCAACCUCAUACCGUUAAUCCAAAUGAUCCAAAGUUUGAGAAAGGAAAAGAAUACUACUUUAUAAGUACUGCAUCAGGCUCACAAAGUUCAUUGACAAACACACAAGGAGGACACUGUAAUUCAGGAAUGAAGAUGAAAAUAUAUGUCUGUGAAAGCAGCUCUGACCCAAAGUGUCCUAAUGGAAACAGUGUCGUCAAUGGUGGAUGGUCUGACUGGAGCGAAUGUUCGAAUGGUCUUCAAGGACGAAAAUGUAACAAACCUGCCCCAGCGAGUGGGGGAUUACCAUGUGUUGGUGAUGAACAAAGAGCAUGUUCGACAGAAGCUGCACAAGUGCUUUGUAAGGGGCAUUCAUGUACUAGUAAGUGAACAGUUACUGUUACCCUUUCACUGCCAAGAUCUCGUUAGUAAUUCUCCUUACUGUCUCACUGCUGUACAAUUCUUACAAUUUUAGUUCCAAGAAUUUUGUUACUGAAUCAACUGAUAAUCCCCUAAUUGAUAUUUCUCUUUAUUCUCAUCACUUGUAUGCUUGAAAUUUUAUGGAUAUUGUAGGGAGAAAUUCUGUCUUUGUCAUGCACCCAUAGGAGUAAAAGGGUUAAUGUCAGAAGUUGAUGUAGGGAUGUACAAGUAAUAAUGGGUUUGACUGAAAGUAUUUCCAUCCUUAAGGCAGGCUGGUAGUUACCAUUGAGGAGAAAUGACAAACCCCUUUUUUUCCCUUCUUUAAUUUGCCUUUAGAUCCUACUGUGGAAGGUCAAACAUCAACUACACCAGGACUUCCUUCCAGAGAAAGCAGAACUGGAGAUAAUUCUGGUGAUAAAUUGGAGUUGAAUAGAGGACUGUUUGUUGGAAUAUGUCUUAGUAUAUUCAUAUUUGGGAUCUUCAUUGGUGGAAUAAUUGCUAUUUUAGUAUGUAGAGUUUCUAGACGCAAGUCAA